UUGUAAUAACGAAUGGAACGGUAAAUGUUCAAUCUGUUUAUCGAAACGAUCGUCCUAAAACGUAUUUUACCGAUCAACGAUACAGAACAAUAAGAUUCCAUCCGUUUCUGCUUCGUAAUUUCAGGGAAGACCAUAUGGCAACUCGUCCUGGAGCAAUUCGACGACCUUCUAGUUAAGAUUCUUCUAUUAGCCGCUAUUAUUUCUUUUGUAUUAGCUUUAUUUGAAGAGCACGAGGACGCGUUCACGGCCUUCGUCGAGCCCUUCGUCAUUUUGCUCAUUCUUAUCGCGAACGCCGUGGUCGGCGUUUGGCAAGAACGUAAUGCCGAGUCUGCGAUCGAAGCGUUGAAAGAGUACGAGCCCGAGAUGGGCAAGGUUUUGCGAACGGACAAAUCCGGUGUCCAGAGGAUUCGUGCCAAGGAGAUCGUGCCCGGCGACAUAGUUGAGGUGUCCGUCGGUGAUAAGAUCCCGGCCGAUAUCCGUUUGACCAAGAUCUUCUCGACCACCCUCAGGAUCGAUCAGUCUAUCCUGACUGGUGAAUCUGUCUCGGUAAUCAAGCAUACGGAUCCUGUGCCUGACCCACGUGCCGUCAAUCAGGACAAAAAGAACAUCUUGUUCUCCGGUACUAACGUAGCUGCGGGUAAAGCUCGCGGUGUCGUUAUUGGGACUGGAUUAAACACCGCCAUUGGUAAAAUCCGUACCGAGAUGUCCGAGACCGAGGAGAUCAAAACGCCGCUGCAACAGAAAUUGGACGAGUUUGGCGAGCAAUUGUCGAAGGUGAUCUCUGUGAUCUGCGUCGCCGUCUGGGCUAUCAACAUUGGACACUUCAACGAUCCUGCUCACGGUGGAUCGUGGAUCAAGGGAGCCAUCUACUACUUCAAGAUUGCCGUUGCUCUCGCUGUGGCCGCCAUCCCCGAAGGUUUGCCAGCUGUAAUUACCACUUGCUUGGCUUUGGGUACCCGCCGUAUGGCAAAGAAGAACGCCAUCGUGCGAUCCUUGCCAUCUGUUGAAACUCUGGGUUGUACUUCCGUCAUUUGCUCGGACAAGACUGGCACCUUGACUACGAAUCAGAUGUCUGUUAGCCGAAUGUUUAUCUUCGACAAAAUCGAGGGCAACGACAGCAGCUUCCACGAAUUUGAGAUCACCGGCUCGACGUACGAACCAGUGGGUGAGGUGUUUCUGAGGGGCAAGAAGAUCCGUGGCCAAGAUUAUGAAACUCUUCAUGAGAUCGGUACCAUCUGUAUCAUGUGCAACGAUUCCGCCAUUGAUUUCAACGAGUUCAAGCAAGCAUUUGAGAAGGUGGGCGAGGCAACGGAGACUGCUCUCAUCGUUCUUGCAGAAAAGAUUAAUCCGUACGGUGUCUCUAAGAGCGGAUUGGACAGGCGUAACACGGCCAUCGUUGUCAGACAAGACAUCGAGACGAAGUGGAAGAAAGAAUUCACAUUGGAGUUCUCUCGAGACCGUAAAUCUAUGUCUUCUUACUGUUCGCCUUUGAAACCAACUAAAUUGGGUACCGGGCCGAAGCUGUUUGUCAAAGGCGCUCCAGAAGGUGUUCUGGACAGAUGCACGCAUGCUCGUGUAGGUUCUAACAAGGUCCCUCUUACAUCUACUUUGAAGAACCGUAUCUUGGACUUGACUCGCCAAUACGGUACUGGCCGAGACACUUUGCGUUGUCUUGCUCUUGCCACUGCUGACCAUCCAAUGAAGCCUGACGAAAUGGAUCUUGGCGAUUCCACGAAGUUCUACACGUAUGAGAAGGACCUCACCUUCAUUGGUGUUGUUGGCAUGCUUGAUCCACCUCGCAAGGAAGUAUUCGACUCCAUUGUCAGGUGUCGUGCAGCUGGUAUCCGUGUCAUUGUCAUUACCGGAGACAAUAAGGCUACCGCUGAAGCCAUCUGCAGACGAAUCGGUGUGUUCGGCGAAGACGAAGACACGACCGGGAAGUCAUAUUCGGGACGCGAGUUCGACGAUCUUCCUUCUUCGGAACAGAAAGCUGCCUGUGCUAGAGCUCGUCUGUUCUCUCGCGUGGAACCCGCUCACAAGUCCAAGAUUGUUGAGUACUUGCAGAGUAUGAAUGAAAUUUCGGCCAUGACUGGCGAUGGUGUAAAUGAUGCACCUGCCUUGAAAAAGGCUGAGAUCGGCAUUGCUAUGGGGUCUGGAACCGCUGUCGCAAAAUCUGCGUCCGAGAUGGUACUGGCUGACGACAACUUCUCUUCCAUUGUCGCCGCUGUUGAGGAAGGUCGUGCUAUCUACAAUAACAUGAAACAAUUCAUUCGUUAUCUGAUUUCUUCCAAUAUUGGUGAAGUCGUGAGUAUAUUCUUGACUGCCGCCCUUGGUCUUCCUGAAGCUCUGAUCCCUGUACAGCUUCUGUGGGUCAACUUGGUUACUGACGGUCUUCCAGCUACUGCUCUUGGUUUCAAUCCACCCGACUUGGACAUCAUGAGCAAGCCUCCUCGUAAAGCUGAUGAAUCUCUAAUCUCUGGCUGGUUGUUCUUCCGCUAUCUGGCUAUCGGCGGAUACGUAGGUGCUGCGACUGUUGGAUCAGCUGCGUGGUGGUUCCUGUAUAGUCCCCAUGGACCACAGAUGAACUAUUACCAACUGACACAUCAUUUGGCGUGCAUGGGUGGUGGUGAGGAAUUCAAGGGCGUUAACUGCAAGAUCUUCACAGAUCCUCAUCCAAUGACGAUGGCUCUGUCGGUUCUCGUAACUAUUGAAAUGUUGAAUGCCAUGAACAGUUUAUCUGAGAAUCAAUCUCUCAUCACUAUGCCGCCCUGGUCUAAUAUGUGGCUUAUUGCCUCUAUGGCUCUUUCUUUCACACUUCACUUUGUCAUCCUUUACAUCGAAGUUCUCUCGUCUGUAUUCCAAGUUACCCCUCUAACGGGCGAGGAGUGGAUUACCGUUAUGAAGUUCUCCAUUCCAGUGGUACUUCUCGACGAAACCCUUAAAUUCAUUGCCAGAAAGGUCACAGAUGGUGAGAAUCCCAUUGACUCAGUGCUUUGGAUCGUUCUAAUGUGGGCUGUGUUCUUUGGACUAUUAAGUAUUUGUCCCAUAUAGAACGUCCGUGAAAACAAACAUUUAGCCUAACAGACAGUGUUUUUCCUAUGGAAAACAUAUUGCAACUGAGUUCUCGGACUUGCAAUUGCAUUUAAACAAAAACCGAAGUUCUUCCCCGUUGCCCGGGAAGCCUCGAAGAUAAGUUAUUAAUUGAAGUGCGUUUAAGUGAGAUUUUAACCAGUUUGACUGUUGUGCAUGGUGUUAGUACAACCAAUACAGAUUUGCCACCAAGGCCCACCAUGCCCGCAUCACACCGUACCCUGAAGUCGCUCUACAAUCAUAUUACGGGUUUCAGUGGCUUCGAGUGAUGAGAAAGAGACCCCGCGCAAUCAAAACAAUUGUGAUUGUUAAAUUAUUUUCUACGAGUGCCUUUUAAACAUUAACUUUUCCUCCCCAACAAAAGAGAAAAAAAGAGAAAAAGAAAAAAGAAAGAAA